UUGACAACAACAGAGAUCCCGUUUCUGUCCAAUCCCCUUCUCCCGCUGCAGCAGCUCCCGGAAUCCCGCCUUCCUCCUCUGGCGGCCCGGCGGCCUUCGCACCACCUACCCACCACGACCCUCCCUCCGGUUCCUUUCCUCCCGAGACCCGGCCGGCUUCAUCCCACCCCGGCCGGUUACAUCGCGCCGCCGCCUCACUAGACGAAUCUGAAUAGACAUAAUCCUGGAUGGCAAAGCGAAGAAGAAGUUCAAAGGAUAAACCGAAUGGAGCAAUGGUCAAAAGAAAGAGACCGGGUUCUCAGUUGGGCGACUUACCCAUGGAUAUAUUGUGCCACAUCAUAUCAUUGUUACCGUUAAAAGAGGCUGUGAGGACAGGCAUUUUAUCCAAACACUGGAGAUAUGUUUGGUGUAGCCGAACAAACUUGGAGUUUUCUUUUAGAUCAGUGAUGCGAAGGAGUUAUAAAGGAGGACCUUUUAUUCUCCAUCCUAUACAAGAAGUUAUUAAGAGAAUUGAUGCAGUCUUAAAACAACACUCUGGAGUAGGGGUCGAGAAAAUGGAAGUUGAUUUUUCGCUAAACGAUGAACAUGCUAAUCACAUUGAUAGAUGGCUCAACUUUGCUAUUACAGCAAAGACAAAGCAGCUAAUUCUUAAUUUUACAUCUGUGCAUCCUACAAUGGAACCGUACAAGUUCCCUUUUCAGCUUUUCGAUGCCACCAAGAGUUCCAUCUUCCAGUCGUUGACACUUGGUUCUGUUUCUCUAAAUAAGCCUGCAAACUUCAAAGCUUUUUUAAACCUUAAAAAGCUUAUGUUAAUCUAUGUAAAUAUUACUGAUGAAGAACUUCAACUUCUGCUGUCCAACUGCAAAGUUUUCUUGGAGUUGCUCGUUGUCGAAUGCUCACAACCAUUAAGACACCUCAACUUUCAGACCACUUUAAGCAUUUGCGUGUCUUUCACUGCCCCUUGGUUCAAGAGAUAAAUUUGAAUUAUGGCUUGACAACACUUGAAUAUAAAUAUGAAGGUCCAUCAAUACCGAUAGCACCUCCUGUAACUUUGACAAACUUAAGCAUAGAGUCAUCAGAUGUUUGCUCAGCUCUUGCAUAUAUCUCCACUGAAUUGCCCAGUACGGUGCGUCGACUGGAGAUGCUGUCUCUAAAAUGUGAAGAACUUGAGGUUUGAGCUAAAUUUCGUCUUUCAGAUUUCUUUUUUUGACGGAACCUCGUCAGAGGGCGGGGAGCUCCCGCAUUGCAUAUAGAAGAAGAGAGUUGGUCCGGUUAAUAAGGGAAACUGGACCCAAAAACCAUACAUGGCAUCGGUUAAUUAAGGGAAACCGGCGAAGAGCUAGUCCGAGAGCUAUUUUACCGGAGAAACCUCUCAAAUUUAUCCAUCUAAGGCACCUGAGAUUGGAAAUAACCUUUUAUCCCUGACGAAAAGGAAGUCCGAUGUCCUUGAUUUUGCCUCCCUCUUGGAGGCUGCUCCUUUAAUGGAAAAGCUGGAGUUUCAUAUGUGGAUGGACUGUGAAUGUGUACGAUACCGCAAGCUUGAUGGCAAGCUAAGGAGCCUACCUCCAAAGCCACACUACCAUCUCAAGUUGGUGGACAUUACGGGGUUUUAUGGUGAGAAAGAUCAGCUGGAGUUGGCACUUUAUAUCCUCAGGAAUUCUGUCGCGCUUGAGGCAAUGACAAUAGAUCCAAAGCCAACGGUAGCUGCUGAGCAGUGUCGUCUGACAUGGAAAAAAGACGGGUUUUCUUACGUGGAUGGCUACAGAGUUGCGAAGAAAUACCUUCUCAGGGCAGACCACCGCGGCGUUGUCGACGUUGUAAAAGCCGGGCGUAAGGAUAUCGAAGCUCUGAGGAACGCUCCGUAUAAGAUGCCUGAAGCUACAUAAGCUUUGUUUUAAUCAGUUGUUUAAUACCUUUUCAUGUAGCUCGUUUUGUGGACAUUUUUUUCCAUGCGCGGACUCGCACUGCUAUGUUUCUUUCAGUUCAGUUUUGUUCCCAACUUCCCAUGGUCUGUUUAGCAAUGUUUCUUCCAUGUGUUCAUCAA